AUGUCUGCAUCCGAAAAUGCUACGUCUACUUCGUCCGCCGCCGAUAAUGCGGCUCCCCGUGCGGAGCUCGACAUCAGCAAGCUUCAUGCGCUCCCCUCCGAACAACAGGACCUCUACCUCCUCACAUUCACCUCGGACUUAGUCCAGCAUAUUUCGGGACUGGACAAGCCUCAGGUAUCGUCGCAGCAGAAAUUCUUGAAAAAGGAGCUCUUCAAGAUUCUCACCUUGCCGUCACCAACGAUCACCCGAGUCAUUCGCAACAACCUGGGACGCUGCUUCGGUGCUAUCUUCGGCAAGGGCGAUCGCGGGGUUCUUUUCGAGACAGUGACCGACCUGCUGGGGAUUCUGAAUGCGAGUAAAACUGAGGCAGAACUCAAAACCAAGUUCGCUGCAGCUCACUGCCUGGGAGAGGUAUUCGCGGUCGCCGGAGAGAGUGUCUUUGCGCAAUCCGGUGUAGUCGUGUCAAGCUUAUUGAAGCUACUCAAAGCCUCGAGCAACCAUACGGGAUGCCGUGGGUCAGUGUUUUCCGUGCUGCGGAAAGUAGUGGUUGGCUCUGGUGUUCCCGUCGACGAAGCUACAGCCCGAGACAUCUGGAAGCAAGCCCGCAAUGCCGCGACCGGGGACAAAUCGACGUUUGUCCAAGUCCACGCAUGUCGCUGCCUUGAACAGCUUGUGAACACGACUCCAUACUUCGAUAACGGGAAUGACUUUGAUCACUUAAAGGCCGUGGUUUGGAAGGCAAUUGACAGUCCCGUGGCCCCCGUUCGACACGCCGCUGCAGCCUGUCUCGCCCGUGCGUUAGCCAAACUGCAUGCGUCGGAUACUCGAAUCGCUUCUGUGCCGAAGCCUAAGAAAUCCAAAAGACUAUCACGAAAACCAACAGCGAAACCGACGGAAGACGACGAGGAGGCCGAGGUUUCAGAGUCGUCAACUACCAAGAAAGCAGAUACACGUCUAUUCUUUCUCCUUCCGGACCUCCUUCGCCAGCUUUCUACACAAUACCUCAAGAGCGCGACUUCUAAUCGAGCUCGCGCUGGCAUCGCUGUAUGCUAUAAACACGUCUUGCGCAUUCUAGGUGACAAGAUAAUUGAAGAUCGCUACGGCCAGAUCGCGACUCACCUCCUGUUCGAUCUAUUGAACCAUCCUACGGUAACGUACAACCGGUUCCGACUUCUGAUGACAAGGAAGUUUGUCAAAAGCAUUCUAGAAGAUACUGUUGGUCGUGAAUCGCUCCGAGAGACUAGCCAACUGAAUGCGGCUAAAUGGUUGAUCAACGAUGUGCUCAAAGAUUACCCUCAGGUGGUCCAGGAGCGGCGUGAGCCAAGCAAGCACUCUUUGACUAGCGCUCUGAGCGCACUUUCUUCUCUGAUUGUAUCCCUUGGUUCUGCAUUUGCUACUCUCGCUGAACCUUGCCGUGAGGCUUUGCUUCAGGUUCUGUCUCACCCCAGCUACACCGUCCAAAUACAUGCAGCGCAUUGCUUGCGCAAUUUCGUUCUCGCCUGCCCGCAUCAAUUGCUGUCCUGUGUCACCAUCUGUCUGAAUACCUUGAACAGAGAAGUUGGCCAAUUGGGCACUCCUCGACAGUCGCCGCGUCGAUGUGUUGGUUAUGCCAAUGGUCUUUCGGCCAUGCUAAGUACAUCUCGACUGCAACCUCUGUACGGGUCUGUUGAUGUGUUUUCCCGUGUAUUUACUCAAGCAACCGAACUUCUGAAAACCAGCAGCAACUCCGAGUUACGUGCCGCCUGUACGCAAAUACAAGUCGCUUGGAUCUUGAUUGGAGGUUUAAUGCCCCUCGGGCCGAGCUUUGUCAAAAUACAUCUAUCGCAGUUGAUGUUGCUUUGGAAGAAUGCACUUCCACUUCAUCUGAGUAAGGAAAACUCGACUCAGCGUGGAGUAUUGGAGAUGAGCUUUCUUGCGCAUGUCAGGGAAUGUGCUCUAGGCGCACUACUGGUCUUCAUGGAGUUCAAUAGCAAAUUGAUCACAGCGGACGUUGACUUUCUCGAAGACCUUCCGCGGCAAAAGUCCUUGCACGAUAUCGAAACGAUGGUCCGACGACGUGUUCUGCAUCGUGGCGACGUCAUCUCUCAAUCUAGCCUGUUGAGUCUAGCAAUUUCCUCUUUCGCAGACCCCGAUGCUGCACAGGCAGGUCCUCUGGAAAGCUCGAUUGCAGCCUCAUCCGCGCAAUUCGACACCUUAUGGGAUCUCUGCGAUAACUACGGGUUUGGGGUGACGGGUAUCACCCGUGAUUAUGUUCGCGCGGCGCUUAAUGGCAAGAACGACAAUGAGAAUGGGCCAUCAUGGUCGGCAGUCGAUUCGGUAGAUCAAAGUAUCGAUGACGCCUUGACGUUCCCAAUCUUUCCUGCAAGCGAACACGACUCGGUCCUGCUCUAUUCAUCGAGACAAGGAGAUUGCCUUGUGGCUGAUCCACACGCAACUGGUGUCGUAAAUGCGGCCAUCGAUCUCUUCUCCGUGGCUAUUUCAUUGCACGCCCCUAAGGUUCAGGAAAGCAGUGUAGAGCAGAUUGCAACAUAUCUCGCGUCGCCCAGCCUUCAGCGAAACCCUGGCCGCAAGGCUGCUAUGGUAGUCAACGUUGCUGUGGCGCUUCUCCAUGCCCUCAAAGUCUCGGUCAAGGAAAUUGGCCCCGGAGCUGGGAGACUCAACCCCGCCACUGAUAAAGUCCUACAAGAGCUUGUUCAGAAAUUCGUCACUGAUCCCGACCUAAUCGUCCGAACAGUCGGCGCGGAGGCGCUUGGACGGCUGUGCGAGAGCUCCGGCAACGCCUUCACAAAUACACAAAUUAAUUGGCUUGUGGAUAAGAUUGUUGAAAAUAGAGAGCCUAAUGCCCGCGCUGGUUGCGCUGCUGCUUUAGGUUGCAUUCAUUCCCAGGUCGGUGGUAUGGCAGCUGGUCUGCAUCUCAAAACCAUCGUUGGCGUCUUAAUGUCUUUAUGUAACGACCCUCACCCAGUGGUCCACUUCUGGGCUCUGGGUGGUCUAGAACGAGUUGCGAACUCCGCGGGGUUGACAUUUUCGCCUUUUGUUUCGAGUUCUCUCGGAAUGCUCGCUCAGUUGUACAACGCGGAUACUCACAAUGAAGAGGCAGCUACCCUGGCUACAUCCAAUAUUGAGAUGACCUUCCUCACUCCUGUCCUCAUCAGUCGCUGUGUUGACUCGCUAAUCAAUGUGCUGGGACCUGACCUCCAAGACAUUGCGAAGACGCGAAACCUUAUCCUCACCCUGCUCAGGCAAUUCCAGCUGGAGGACAACUCGGCCCUGGUCACGGAGAGUUCAAAGUGCCUGGAUCAUCUGUCACUAUAUGCGCCGACAUACGUCGACUUCUCUGGAUAUGUCAAACGUUUGCAGGUUGAGCUUUCUGCUGAUAAUCCUCUUAUGAGGGACGUGGCUAUCCGAGGCCUUAGCAACCUGAUGAAAAGAGACGCCGCUUCUGUUAUCCGCACCGCCACUCCGGCGCUUGAAGAGGAAAUCUGGCUUGCGUUUGACGAUACGCCUGAAAAUCCAAUUCUGAAGGGCAUGAUCCAAGAUUGGAUGCAACAGACAGCGCUCGAAGAGACGGAGCUCUGGAUUCAGCGCUGCCACAAUACCUUGACCAAGACGCGCGUCAAAGCGGAAGAGCCGCCUCUUACGUCUGCUGUGAAGCCAUCGGCUAACGAUAUGCCGGAUGACGAGGUUGCAGGUUUUGCGUCUGCCAUUGCUGGAGCCGGACAGCCCGAUGGGGCCCAUGACGCAGUAUCCGGACAGGAACUGCUAAAAUGGCAAACUCGAAACUUUGUUAUGAGUUGUCUGAGUGAGCUCCUGUGUAUCGUCCAGGAGGCUAUCCUGCCAGACCAAGCCAUUCCCGCUGAACUUGCUUUACAGCAGAAGGUCGGAGACAUUGUCAGGAUGGCGUUCUCGGCCUCUACAGCAAAUGUGAUAGAGCUCCGGAUCUGGGGACUGAAGAUUAUCGACCAGGUCCUAAGAAUGUUUGGAAAAACUCCAGACCCGGACUUCACGGAGGCGUCUCUCCUUGAGCAAUAUCAGGCCCAGAUUGGAUCGGCUCUGACCCCGGCGUUUGCUGCUGACUCGUCUGCCGAACUUGCAUCUGAGGCCAUCAAUGUCUCAGCAACAUUCAUUGCGACAGGCAUUGUGACGAACGUAGAGCGAAUGGGCAGGAUUCUGAAACUUCUGGUUCUUGGCCUUGAGAAUUUCUCUAAUAAUCUGGAUACAACCGAAAUCGGCGAACUGAAAGGGCUCAAUUCCAAUGCCAGGGUCAUGGUCAAAAUGGCGUUGUAUUCUGCCUGGGCACGGCUGCAGAUUGCUAGUACCGAGCAAGAAUAUCUGAAUGAGGUCGUUCAGCCAUACCUUACCAAGCUUACGCCCCUCUGGCUCUCCUCUCUUCAGGAAUACGCGCGGUUGAGAUUCGAGCCAGAUAUUUCGGGAAGUCUGGGCACAGGACCAUUAGGGGGCGACUUGGACGAAGUGUACGCUGCACUGAACCGCGAGACACUUUUGAAGUUCUACCAAGAUUCCUGGUUGAACCUUGUUGAUGCAAUUGCUGGGUUGGUCGAAAAGGAUAUUGAUUUUGUUUUUGACGCGUUAGACGGCAAGUCUGAUCUUGAAGAGUCGAAAAAGUCGGAUGAGGAUGAACAGGAUGCGCCGAAAGGAGAAAUCGGAAGCAAAGGCCACGAUAUCAAUUAUCGCGACGAGCCUGUCGCUUUCUUCUUCGUUCUCUUUGGUCUUGCAUUUGAGGCUUUGGUUGACCAGUCCACCACCCCGUCACAAAGACUGGAAAUUCUCCAGGCCCUCAAGAGAAUCCUACGACCAGUGAUCUCCGGCAACGCAAUCUACCAGGACGCUAUCUUCUCGGAGACAAUGGACUCACUUGAUCGCCUCGCUCUGACUGAAGGCACCCCUAUACAGAACGUGAUCGUGGAAAUUGCACGCAACCUCUCUUUAGACCAUCCGUCAGCAAAGGGAAGCGAGGGUCGAGAUGACCAUCUUUCCGAUGACAUCGAACAGCUUUUCGAGUUGACGAGAAGCAUCAUCCUUGUCCUUGCGGGACUACUACCUAACUUGCGCGAGUCCACGCCUCUCGCACGGUUCAGUGUGGGAUCAGAAGACGCUUUGUCGCUCAUCCGGCUCUCCCUCUCCUCGCUGGUCAAUGUCGCCUCGAUAUUCCCUUCCAUUAUACGCAAUGACCUCAACGCAUGCAUCCUACAUAUCUUCAGCACAAUUCUAGCGACGGGGCUAUGCCAAGCUGAGGUAGUCCCCCAAGCUCUGCCCACAUUCAAACAUUUCAUCAGCAGCGUCAGCAACAACCGGGACUUUGGGCCAGACGACCCCGAGAACCUGGCCGUUGUGUCUCGCCAGUUACGCGGUUGCCUGACUCGUUUCCUCGCGACGCUGACCAUCGCCCAACGGCGAGAGUCCGAGUCGUCGUUACCCUGCGCGAAGAAUACGCUUUUGGCAAUCGCUAUCCUGCUCACCACCGGCGGUCACCUUAUCCCACCGCACGACCCAGUCAUCCCCUGCGUCCUAGACGAACUACUCGACUGCCUCCAGGACGUCGGUCUCGCCAACGUCGCCGCGGGCUGUAUCCGCUCCAUCCUCCUAACCUCUUCUUCCAAGUCUACCACCAGCGAAAGCAUCGCCCGCUACCUCACCCCGCGCCUCAUCGGCUUCUACGUCGGGUGCCCCAAAGAGAACGGUGACGUGGCCAACGACCCGGAGAACUCUAGAACUAUCACCGCGCGCACCCUGAUCUCCUGCGUCACGACCGCCGUCUUCUCCGCAGACGCCACGCCCACUGCCAUGUCCCUCGUCAUGUCUGCCCUCCUCGCCCGCGCUGACCGCGAGGGCCCGGCCGUGUACACCGAGACAUCAGCUCACCUGCUCGAGCUCGCCAAAGCCAAUCAAGCCAUCUUCCGCGCAUUGGUGUCCACCAUGCAACCCGCCCAGAAGACCCUCCUCGAGGAUAUCCUGCGCAGUGCCGACGCGACCUCCGGCGCGGGGACCAAGCAGGGCCGCGACCGCGCAUACUCGGACCAUGAACAACAGAGCAUGCCCAGUAUUGCCCUGCGGAUGGACUUUUAA